AUGGCGGAAAACACUUUGGAAUCGAUUGCAACAUGCUUAGAAAGGUCUCUCUCGCCACAGUAUGCGAGGAUCGCUGAACAACAGUUAAAAGACAUCGAAAUGUUACCUGAAUUCUCUGUCAAUUUAUUGAAGAUCAUAUCGGCUGCCCAAGUAAAUAAUUCAAUCAGAUUAUCUGCUGUCAUUUUCUUGAAGAAUUUGAUCAAACGGAAAUGGGUCAAUGAAAAUGGUGAUCACUUACUUCCUGUACUGGAUGUCGAAUAUUUGAAAACCGAGAUGUUGAAUGUGAUGGUCAAUUUACCAAACAACUUGCAAGUGCAAAUAGGUGAAUGUAUCGCCAUCAUUGCCGAGCUGGACUUCCCUCACCGUUGGGGUAGCUUGAUUGACGACUUAAUUUCGAGGUUUUCCACCUCAGACUUCAAAACGAACAAGUCUAUCUUGUUGGUAAGUCACUCUAUCUUCAAAAAAUGGAGACCUUUAUUCAGAAGUGAUGAACUUUUUAUGGAGAUUAAAUUAGUGUUGGACAACUUUGCCGAACCCUUCUUGAUGUUGUUAACCAAAAUAGAUGAACUCAUUGAUACUAGUCUUGCCCAGAGAGACCAGGCCAAUUUGAAGAUUUAUCUUGAUAACUUGCUACUUUUGAUCCAGAUAUACUAUGAUUUGAACUGUCAAGACAUCCCCGAAUUUUUCGAAGAUAACAUGAUGAAUGGAAUGAAGAUUAUGCAUAAAUACCUUAAUUUUCUGUCCGACUUGAUUACUGACGCUGAUGAUGAUGAAGAAGUAGAUGUAAUUAUAAAGAUCAAGACGUCUGUCAUCGAAUUGGUAAACUUAUACAUCACCAGAUACACCGAAAUCUUUGAACCAUUGAUCGAGAACUUCAUUAAAAUUGUUUGGGAGUUGAUCACUACUUCUAUUACCAAGCAACAAAAGUUUGACUUAUUGAUUGUCAAAUGCUUGCAGUUCUUGACCCUAAUAAUAAAAUUGUCAAAUUACCAAAACAUCUUCAACAAUGAAGACAGCUUGAAUGAAAUAUUGAAGAAAAUCAUUCUCCCAAACAUUUACUUGCGUGAGGUGGACUUAGAGAUGUUUGAAGAUGAACCAAUUAAUUUUGUACGUUUCGAUGUUGAAGGAUCCGAGUUUGAUUCCAGAAGAAAGCUGGCGACCGAUUUUUUGAGAGAAUUGAAAGAAAUCAAUAACGAAUUACUCACAGACAUCGUUAUGAGAUAUGUUAAUAACUUUUUGGAAAACUCCAACGACAAAGCCAAUUGGCAAAGCAAAGAUUUGGCCAUUUACUUAUUCAGUUCAUUGGCUGCAAAAGGCUCAGUGACAAAUAUUGGAGUCACUUCUACAAAUGUUUUGGUCGAUGUGGUUAAGUUCUUUUCUGAAAACAUCUCCAACUAUUUACUUGCUGCUAAUACUGCAAGUAUUCACCCAAUCUUGAUUACUGACUCCGUCAAAUACAUUUUAAUCUUCAGAAACCAAUUGACCAAAGAACAGUUGUUGUCUGUCCUUCCAUUGCUUGUGUCACAUUUAACUAAUCCAAACCCGGUUAUUUAUACAUAUGCAGCUAUCGUUAUGGAGAAGUUAUUGUCUAUGACGAGCUUUGCAGAAGCUCAUGAAGUAAUUUUAAACAAAUUCGAUCUUCAACCGUAUUUGAAUGAUAUCUUAUCGAAUUUGUUCAAAUUAAUCACUUCAAGUUAUGACAAACCCCCAGAAAAGCUUUCCGAGAAUGAAUUUUUAGUGAAGUCAAUCAUGAGGGUAUUGAACACUUCUGAGGAUCUUGUCCCCUUUGACUUCAAAAAGGUUAUCAUCACUCAAUUGUUGGAUAUUUUAGCUAAAAUAUCCAAGAAUCCUGCUAACCCAAAAUUCUCUCACUAUAUAUUCGAAAGUUUAGGGUUAUUGGUCAAAUUCUCAUCUGAUGAUAAAGUAAAUGAGUUGAUAGUGUUGAUUUUGCCAAACUUGUUGAACAUAUUGAACGAAGAUGUUCAAGAAUUUGUUCCUUAUACAUUCCAAGUUUUGGCUUAUAUGUUAGAGAGAUUGCCAGGAAAUGAAUCACUGAAUCUUCCCCUGGAAUACACCCAGCUCAUUAAACCACUCAUGUCCCCAAAUUUAUGGCAAUUCAGAGGAAAUAUUCCUGGUAUCACCAGAUUAUUGAUUUCAAUUAUCAAAUAUGACUAUAAAGUGUUUAGCACUCAUGAAACCGUCACACCAUUAUUGGGAAUCUUCCAGAAAUUAAUUGCAUCGAAGCUUAAUGAGGUGUAUGGGUUUGAGUUGUUGGAGACCAUUUUGCUUUACAUACCUUUACGUGUAUUGGAAAAAUUCUUGAAAAGUAUUGCUGUAUUGAUAUUGACCAGAUUAAAAAAUUCCCGAACAGAGAAGUUCUUGAAGAGGUUCAUUACUUUUGUGUUUUCCAUUAGUUCGCUUCCUUUGAACAAGUCAUUGAACAUUAGGAACCCCGGGUUGAAUGCCAAUUUUAUCAUAACUUUAAUCAAUCUACCACAACCGGGUGUGUUUGAACAAAUCUUAUCCAACCUUGUAUUGCCUAAUCUUUCCAGUUUCCAAAAUUUACGUGAUAAAAAGAUCAAUUUGAUUGGAUUACUGCAGUUAGUCAACUCCGAUUUGAUUAACUCAACCCUCAAGAUCAUUUUGUUGGAACAGAUUGCUAAGAGCUCCACAAGCUUGAUGAGUUUAAACAAGGAUGUGAUAGCCAAUGCCGACGACUUGAAAAAUGUGGCACUCAGUGAAUUGGACUUGGAUGUGGGUUCUUUUGGAUCCAAUUUUUCGAAACUUGUGACCAUACAAGUAGAACCAUUUGACCCUCUCAGUGAAAUAAAGAAUAAUGACUUAAAUCAUAUUAAACAGAUUGUGAGCAAUGGGGUCAAAUUGGUAGAUGGUAGUAUUGUUAGCCAGAUUUCCCUUGAAUCCCAGAAUGCUUUACAAGUCCUCUUAUAG